GGGGGUAUGGUAAAAAAACCUAUAAAUACUCCUAAUCUAAAACAUUUUUUCAUCUCUUCUCCAAUUCUUUCUAAAUCCUAUUCUUAACUCUCUACUCUCUAAUUCUCUUAUUCUCCAAUAUAUUAUAUUUAUAUAUCUACUUUAUAUUAAUUAUCUACUUAUAAUUUAUAAAUACAUACAUUUUAUUACUUAUAUUUCUUAUCUAAUUAUAUAUUACUUAUACAUUUAUUAUAUCUAUUAAUAUAGUUGGAAUUAUAUCUAAUUAAUUUGAAGUCAUUCUAUUACUCUCAUCCGAAAGACCGAAAGUCCAAAAGAGAUUGCGUGAAUUGUGUGGUUCUACUUCUUUGAUGGGUAGAUUUUUUCAUCAACGAUGUGCAUGUCAUGUUCUAAAUUUAUGUGUGCAAGAUGGUCUAAAAGCGUUGGGAGCAUCUUUGGAGGUAGUCAAGGGGGGAUUAGACGUAUUUGGAGUAAUGGACAACUUAGAAAAAAAUGGCAUGAUUAUUUGAUAGAAAGAGGUGAGAAAUACGUGGCUUUUCCUAAAGAUUUGUCUAUUCAUUGGAAUAUUACAUAUAAGUUAAUUGGAGUUCUUCUUAGACAUAAACAACAUUUUCCUGCUUUUAUGAAACAAUAUGAUAACUAUAUUAUAAACUCGGCUGAGAUCGACACCUGUGAAAAACUUUGUAAUGCUUUGAUAUAUUUUAAUAAUGCAACUGAAACUUUUAUUCAUGUUUAUAAAUCUACCUCAAGCCAAUUUAUUCGUGAAGUUGUUAAUUUCACCGGUUUUUUUUCAAAUUUUCAGAAUGCUGAUUAUGCGAGUGAUUUUGCUAGUUUUAUGAAGGAAAAGUUUUUAAAAUAUUAUUCACAUAUUCCGCAUAUUUAUGGUAUUGCAUUUGUUCUCGAUCCUCGUUUUAGAUUUGGUUCUUUAGAAUAAUGUUUGAAUUAUUAUUAUGCUGAUUUUUUUGGUCCAUUGUCAAUGUAUGAGGACAACCUAAUUGAUCCGAAAAAAGAAUACAACGAGGUUAGUGAUAUAUUUUAUGCAUUAUUUAAUGAGUUUCAUGCACAAUAUGCCAAUGCGCCCCCUCCCCCGAGUCCCCGACACAAACAUCAUCUAAAGGAAAAUCAAUUUUCAAAUCUACAUUUACCAAUCUUAUUAAAAAAAUGAAAUCAACUCCCGCUACGUAACAAAGCACAAUUAAUGAGAUUUCUUUGUAUUUAACAUAUGAUGUUGAUUUUGAAGAAGAUAAUGAUUUUGACGUACUAAACUGGUGGAAGGGAAAAGAAAGAAUGUUCCCGGUUUUAGUAAAGAUGGCUAAGCAAGUGCUAUCAAUUCCGGUUUCAACAGUUGCCGUGGAACAAGAAUUUAGUUCGGCCGGCAAUGUCCUAACGCAAUGUAGAACGAGGUUGAACGUAGAAUUUCUUAAGAUGCUUAUAUGCUACCACGAUUAGUUGAAAGCGGUUCGUAGAGCUCAAGAAAUUGACAUCACCCCAUCCUAACACUUUAUGGAUGAAUCUACAACCGAGGGUGGCUCUACCUAUGUCAGAGAUUUCGAUUGAAUGAUUGAUUAGUAUUUCAUGUUUUAAUUUUAUCUUCCUUGUAAA